UGUUUCUCUAGGCAUGAUGAUUCAGCCAAAAACGGAUCUACUAGAAAUCGUUUAUAAUGUGGAGAAAACAGAGAACUGGGACUCGUACGUUCAGGCUCUGGACAACUUUCUUGCACCCUAUAACGACUCUCAGCAGGUGAUGAAGAACGACGCCUGCGUCCCGGAUCAGUACUUCACCCAGGAGGACAGCGGAGAGGUGCGCAACAACCCCAAACGCUCCUGCCAGUUCAACCGCACCGUGCUGGAAGAAUGUUCCGGACUCAGCGACCACACAUACGGAUACCAGGACGGAAAACCCUGCGUGCUCAUCAAACUCAACCGGGUAACUGGCCAAUCACAGAACGGCCGUGCACACCUUAUGAUAAUAAUAAUACUACACAUUAUUGUAGUAGUAUGUGAUGACUCCAGAAUGUACUGGAUGUUCACAGCUGCCAUCUAUUGA